GUAAAUCCAAGACCACACACACAUCAUUAUCUGCUGACAAAGUCUUCUUUUGUGCACAUGUACUUGUAUAUUAAGACUAGAGGAUACCAUAUCUUCUUCUCACACACACUCUUGAGAGUUGCUUAACUAUGUCUUUCAAGAUUAAUCUGUUGAUCUGUUUUUUCAUUCUUCAUCUAUGGGCUGCUGCAGGACACAAGAUAGGAAUUUAUGAGAUCAAGAAAGGAGAUUUCUCUGUUAAGGUCACUAAUUAUGGUGCCAGAAUCAUCUCUGUUCUUCUUCCUGAUAAGAAUGGAAAAAUAGGUGAUGUUGUUCUUGGAUAUGACACCAUUGGGGAAUACGUGAAUGAUACGAGUUCUUUUGGAGCUAUUGUUGGAAGAGUUGCUAACCGGAUUGGUGGUGCUCGAUUUACUCUGAAUGGAACCCUUUAUAAGCUUAUCGCCAAUGAUGGCGAAAACACACUGCAUGGUGGCCCUAAAGGAUUUGGCCAUGUUGUUUGGAAGGUGAGCAAGUACAAGAAAGAUGGUCCCCAUCCUCGCAUUACUUUAACCUACCACAGUACUGAUGGUGAACAAGGAUUUCCUGGUGAUCUUCUUGCCUCUGUUACCUAUGCAUUGGAAGACCCUUACAAGCUUAGUGUGGUAAUGAAGGCAAAAGCUCUUAACAAGGCCACUCCAGUUAACUUGGCUCAACAUGCUUAUUGGAACCUUGGUGGACACAACAGUGGCGAUGUUUUGUCCAACGAUGUUCAAAUCUUUGCUUCACACAUCACCCCGUUAGAUCAACAUUUCAUUCCAACAGGAAAAAUCGCCCCUGUCAAGAACACGCCCUAUGAUUUCCUUAAACCCCGUAAAGUUGGGAGCCAGUUCAAGAAACUCCAAAAUGGAUAUGACAUAAACUAUCCACUAGACAGCACUGAAAAACUGAAGCCCACGGCAAUAGUUCACGAUAAAAAGUCAGGAAGAGUGAUGAGCUUACAAACGACCGCACCUGCUGUCCAAUUAUACACUGCAAACACCCUUGUAAAGAAGGGGAAAGGUGGAUUUGUUUAUCAGCCUUAUUCAGCCAUCUGUUUGGAGACUCAAGGAUUCCCUGAUGCUGUGAAUCACCCAAAUUUCCCAUCAACAAUUGUGACUCCGGAAAAUCCCUACUUUCACAAAAUGCUGUUUACGUUCUCAAUUAAGAAAUAUUAGAAUGCUAUUUUUUCUAUCAAGGUGACAUGUCCUUUGUGAGUUGUGACAAAUAAAAC